CUUUACCUUUAUAUUAGUCAGUGACAUCAACAUGGCGGCUGACACAGAACGUUGCCAAGGCUACGCGAAUAAAGAAACGUGCGUGACGCGAGCUUGAGCUGCAUUUAAGCGCUCGCGUUCGAACGCACGCGUUGCCCGUUCUGCCGUUCUCUGAUUGGUCGCUGCGAUGUCAGCUCGCGCUCUGUCACAUAAGUGUGAGCAGUGGCAGAGUUGAACCCUCACCGUGGAAGAUGCUGCGCUCACGCGCUCAAGUCCCGUUGCUCGCGCGCGAGGAAAAUAACUGACGCCCAACGGCUUUCUGAGGCGUUUUUCCUCAAGAAAAGUCACGGAAACUUUUUUACGCUUGUUAUUUUUUUGGACUUUAAUAAACGUUGUGACACAAAACCCCUCUUCACCGGUCAUGGAUGCUUUAGGAUUUGUGAUGUUUGUUUCAAGUCUGAGCUUCUUUCUCUCUACAAGCAGUGCACUCCAGAUGUGUGACGUGGUAAACGAAAUUGAGGUGGAGAGGGAGCGAUGUGAAAACAGAACUGCUGGGAAUAUAACAUCAGGCUGCAAAGGAAUGUGGGACAUCAUCGCCUGCUGGCCGUCAGCCAAAGUCGGAGAGCUGGUGGUAAUUCAAUGUCCGAAUUACUUCAGGUACUUCAGCGAGCACCACACUGGAGGUAAUCUCUCCAAGACUUGCACAGCAGAAGGCUGGACUGAGGUGCACCCCAUAAUGAUUGCUGUGAAUUGUGGUUACAAUCUCAAUGGCACCGUCGAUGACGAUAAUUUCUUCCGGUCAAUUAAGAUUGGUUACACCAUCGGACACAGCGUUUCACUCAUCUCUCUGACCACGGCCAUAAUCAUACUGUGCAUCUUCAGGAAACUUCAUUGCACAAGGAAUUAUAUUCACAUGCACCUGUUUGUGGCCUUCAUCUUGAAAGCCAUCGCUGUAUUCAUUAAAGAUGUUGUCCUCUAUGACAUCAUUCAGGAAUCAGACAACUGCUCCACUGGCUCUGUCGGCUGCAAAGCCGUCAUCAUUUUCUUCCAGUAUUGCAUUAUGGCGAGUUUCUUCUGGCUCCUGGUUGAAGGCUUGUACCUGCACGCCCUAUUGGCUGUCUCGUUCUUCUCAGAGAGGAAAUACUUCUGGUGGUACAUCUUGAUUGGCUGGGGAGGGCCACUGAUUUUCAUCACAGCCUGGAGCUUUGCCAAAGCCUAUUUCGAUGAUGUCGGGUGCUGGGAUAUUAUAGAAAACUCAGACCCGUUCUGGUGGAUCAUCAAAACACCUAUAUUAGCUUCUAUACUGAUGAACUUCAUCCUGUUCAUUUGUAUCAUACGCAUACUGCGGCAGAAGAUCAACUGCCCCGACAUCGGGAGAAAUGAAUCAAAUCAAUAUUCGAGGCUUGCUAAAUCUACACUGUUGUUGAUUCCACUCUUUGGGAUAAACUUCAUCAUAUUUGCAUUCAUACCGGAACACAUCAAAACGGAGCUGAGGCUGGUGUUCGACCUCAUCCUGGGUUCCUUCCAGGGCUUUGUGGUGGCUGUCCUCUACUGCUUUUUGAAUGGAGAGGUUCAGGCUGAGAUCAAGAGGAAGUGGAGAAGGUGGCAUAUGGAGAGGUUCCUGGGCUCCGACACUAAGUACCAGCACCCGUCUAUGGGCAGCAACGGCAACAACUUUGCCACUCAGAUCUCCAUGCUGACGAGAUGCAGCCCUAAAACUCAGCGAGCCUCCACCUACCAUGAAGACUCCUCCAUCACCAUAUAGCUCAGCAGAGUCACCUGAAACAGGACAAUAAUCAUCUGUAGAUCCACUCAUGCUGUGUGUUGUGUGCAUCAGGAUAUGAGCGCAAGAUUCUGUGACUUUCCUCUCGAUUCAGAUGGAACGAGGGUACCACAAGCACUACACAUCACAUUCUCUAGAGAUAUGAGCUACAUACUGUAUGGCUCAGAGGUAUAAUAACA